UUUCGCCAGCUGUCUCCGAUAGGUAGCUGCAACCUUUUUUCGAUUUUUAACUAAAUUCCGCUUAAAUUGCACGUGUGAUUUUGUUUGCGGCCGCGCAGACCAGAUGACUCGUAAAUGGACCGUGCUGCAUGUUUAUAAAAUUAAAAUAACGUCAUUCUUACAAGUAAUGCAAAUAAUUGUGGUAGCGCGGGGUGUGUAGUUUUGUAUCUCGGGGCUGGGAUUUCGGGUUAAAUAUUCAAAAUGGCGGAUGGAGGAGCAGCGAGUCAAGAUGAGAGUUCGGGACCAGAGUCAAGAAUGAAUAAUCCGUCAGAAACAAGUAAAGGUCCAAUGGAGACUGGAAAUGCAAGCACAGGUGCCCAGACAAAUGGACUGGACUUUCAGAGGCAAGCUGUGCAGACGACAAGCGCGAUCACCAAUGCGCACACACAGGCCCUGCUACAACAGUCUAAGUCGGAGGAUUCGGGGGACCCUCCAGCCUCCAGCCAGCUGGCGACGCUGCCCCAGACGCAGCUGAUGUUGGCCGGGGGACAGAUCGCCGGACUGACUCUGACUCCCGCUCAGCAGCAGCUGUUGAUUCAGCAGGCCCAGGCCCAGCUCCUAGCUGCCGCGGUACAGCACUCUGCCAGCCAGCAGAACAACACCACGGGAGCCACCAUCUCUGCGUCCGCAGCCACACCCAUCACCCAGCUCCCCCUGUCCCAGCCCAUCCAGAUCACACCUGACCUGCAGCAGCUGCAGCAGCAGAACCUAAACCUGCAGCAGUUCGUGCUGGUGCAGCCGGGUCACCCCAUCGCCACACAGCUGCAGCCUGCGCACUUCAUCAUCUCGCAGACUCCGCAGGGGCAACAGAGUCUCCUGCAGGCCCAAAACCUGCUAACUCAACUACCUCAAAGCCAAGCCAACCUCCUGCAGACUCAGCCAAGCAUCACCCUCACCACACAGCCAGCAACACCGACACGCACGAUAGCUGCAACCCCCAUCCAGCCACUUCCUCACAGCCAGACGACACCAAAGCGAAUGGACACGCCCAGUCUGGAGGAGCCGAGUGACUUGGAGGAACUGGAGCAAUUCGCCAAGACCUUCAAACAGAGGCGGAUAAAGCUGGGCUUCACUCAGGGGGAUGUUGGCCUUGCCAUGGGAAAACUGUAUGGAAACGAUUUCAGCCAAACCACCAUUUCUCGUUUUGAAGCCCUGAACCUGAGCUUUAAAAAUAUGUGCAAGCUCAAACCACUGCUGGAAAAGUGGCUGAAUGAUGCAGAGAAUCUGACAUCUGACCAGGCCAUGACCAGCCCCAGUGCCCUGGGCUCCCAGGCUAUGGGCUUAGAGGGGCUCAACCGCCGCCGCAAGAAGAGAACCAGCAUCGAGACCAACAUCAGAGUGGCCUUAGAGAAGAGCUUUCUGGAGCAGAACCAAAAACCUACCUCUGAGGAAAUCACGAUGAUCGCGGACCAGCUGAACAUGGAGAAGGAGGUGAUCCGCGUGUGGUUCUGCAACCGCCGGCAGAAAGAGAAGAGGAUUAACCCACCCAGCAGCGGCAGUGCCAGCAGCACCCCUAUCAAAGCAAUCUUCUCCCCCUCCGCCCCAAUGGUGCCCAGCACGGCAAGCCUUGUGACCAGUAACACACCGACCACAUUGACUGUAAACCCAGUUCUGCCUCUCACCAGCACAGCCGUCACUAGCCUUGCUUUCACAGGCACUACCAUCGGGGCUGUGACCACGAACACGGCGUCCGUCAUCUCCUCCGCGCCCAUGGUGACUUCGGCGGUGACCUCGCCGUCGCUCAGCCCGUCCCCCACGGCGCUGCAGACCACGGGGGCGGAGCCGGGCGGGGGGCAGGAGACGGUGGUGGUGACGCAGGCGCCCUCCUCUCUGGCCCCCACGCUCGGAGCGGGGCAGGUGAUGGUGACGGCCCCGGGGCUCUCGGCCGCCCUGCAGGGCGCCACACAGCUGCCCACCAGCGCCAGCCUGGCGGCUAUGGCAGCCGCCGCCGGCCUCAACCCCGGCCUCAUGGCAUCUUCGCAGUUCACUCCUGGUGGGGCCUUGCUGAGUCUGGGUAGCGCUCUCAGUCCGGCUCUGAUGAGCAACAGCACCCUGGCCACCAUCCAAGCUCUGGCGUCCAGUGGGUCUCUUCCCAUCACCUCUCUGGACGGCAACGGGAACCUGCUGUUCGCCAACACCAGCGCUGGCAGCACCCCCAACCUGGUGACCGCGCCCCUCUUCCUCAACCCCCAGAACCUGUCCCUGCUGACCAGCAAUCCGGUCAGCCUGGUGUCCGCGGCGGGAGCGGGCGGGACGGCGGGCGGGGCUCUCAACCUGCAGGUCACCAGCGCCGCCCACGGCGACGCCCACCAGAGCGCGGUGACCUCGGCCAACGCUGCCGCGACUACCAUCACCACAGCCUCCAAGGCCCAGUGAACUCACGGCCACGCCCACUCCUGUCCCUCAAACCCCCUGCUCCUCAUCAUCAUUAUUUAAUCACUUUGCUGCCACCAAAAAGAAAAAAAAAACACUGAAAAAGAGGACUUGUAUUUGUUUUUGAUUUUCUUUUUUUGUGCCCUACCAUUUACUCUUCAGCUCCCUUUUUCCUCCAGACUGGGCUGUGACUGGAGGGGUUAUUUUUCCCUUUCUUUCCGUUUGCCGUUUGUUUGGUUUUGGGGGGCUGUGUGGCAGCGCGUGCCAGUCACUGUCGUCAUCACUGGAGACCAGGAGGUCCUUCCACAGAGGUCAGUUGUCUUGAUUUUCUGAGACUGGGCUGACUGGGACUCGACAGUGGGGCCAUGUUUGGAAGAUAGGAAAAUCACUCCCCUUAACUUCUUUUAAUGAAUUAAUUUUUUUUCCAUCUUCCUCUUUCCU